AUAAGUCAACCAAGAGGUCUCUUUGGCUGGCCCGAAGGACCCCAUUCUUUUUCUAUUCCAGAGACUAUAAGAAGGGAUGUAUAUAAAAUGCAGUUCUACUCAUCAACCUCGCCACCCCCAAAGUUUUCCAGACAGAAUGACUUUUCCAAAUAUAACAAGACCAUUUAUGAUGUGCUGCUCCAUUUGAGUGGAAAAAUGCCACCUGGCAUUAAUUCAAGUCAAUCUUUACCUGUAGAUAACCAUGAAAAAAGGGUAAUUCAACUCCAUUUGCAACAUUCCUCACUUCUGGACUUUCUCAAUGCUCAAGGAGGAUGUAUUUCACAUGUCCUGCCAGAAUUUUUGCUUGAACCAGAAGAUUAUAAGAGGUGGAUUGAAAUUAUGUCUUCCACUAAUACGAUGCCUGUGAGUUCCUGUACACCUAAGAAAAAAUGUUCUAUUGUUAUAGAAAUGUCUAAAUUUGAAGCCUGGAGUAAACGGGCAUGGACAGAUGUAUUUCUACAGAUAUACAAGGUUUUGGUUCUAUCCCGUGUAGUACCAUACUGCAGCAAUAAUAUGCCCCCCAUAUGUGUCCAAAAUACACCAAAAGUCAACCCUUCUUUUGCAUCCAGCAACAUAUAUUCUGAUUCUGAAAGAAUUUUGCUUAGUUGGAUGAACAUAAAUUACGAGAAUACUCGACAUGUGAUAUGGAAAAACUGUCACAAAGAUGUUAUCCCUUCUGAGAGACUGAUAAUAAAUUUUGACAAAGACCUUUCAGAUGGUCUUGUUUUUGCAACACAGUUGGGAGCCUAUUGCCCAUUCUUGAUUGAGUCUCAUUUUAUAAAUAUGUACACACGACCAAAAAGUCCUGAAGAGUAUCUGCACAAUUGCCUGAUUAUUGUAAAUACUCUUUAUGAAAUUGACUUUGACAUGGAAAUACAGGUGGGUGUGUCUGUGAGGGUGUUUCCAAAGGAGAUGGAUGCAGGAGUCAGUGGACUGAGAAAGGAAGAUAUGCCCUCAGUGUGGGUUGUUACCAUCCGAUUGGCUGUGGCAGUGGCCAGAACAAAGAGACAGAAGAAGGGGGAUAUUCAGUUUGCUUGUUUUUUUGUUUGUUCUUUUCUAUUUUUGUCGUGAUCUCUUUCUCCCUUUGGGAGCAGGAUGCAUUUUUUUCUCCUUCUGCCCUUGGACAUCUGA